AUGGGAAACAGCCCGUCGAAAUCAAAUAACACUAAUUUUGCAGUACCGAGUUCUUCAAAUAGCCAACAACUAACAACAAGCGAGGAUCAGAAUGCCAACGAGCCCACUGAGCCAGAUGAUAGUAGGCCGCUGCCUACUAUCAAGAACAAUAACGACGAGACGACUACGAACCGUAGGGACGCACCUACAGCAGGAAGCACCAAUACGAACACAAUAACGAGGAGAACGACGGGUAAGGAGAUACCGCCAAUGAGAAAUAAGGAAGUUGAGAGUGGUAAGACGUAUUUCCCACACGCCAGUGCGAUAAUGCGGCCACCGACCUCAGCUGAUUCGGAGCUGACCAUGAUCGAUCACAUCUCGCCCUUGAAGGAGGACAAAUUGGAGUUCCAACUUGAUGCUGGGAUUGGCACAAUCAAGCCGUUUGCCAUUACUAAUGUUGUCAACUGCAGCGGUAGUGACAGCAGCUACAGCAGUAAUGAAAGUAACAAUAGUUCAGGGAGUAGCAACAAUACGCUUUACUCGCCGUCACCGACUAAAAACUCGAUUACUGCCACGUCGGCUACGGAUGCGAAUUAUCUGAAACCAACUGGGGCAAGGGCUCAGUCUCAUAGACAAAAGAAACAGGACCCAGCAGUUUUUUUGAAAAGAUAUCCACAUGAUGCUUCAUCAGCUGAAGGUAUCGAUAUUGAUCAUGCAAUUGAGAAAUUACUAAAGAUUGGGGAGACGAGGUAUUAUAAAUCCCGAGAUUUUCCCUUUUCGUCUUGGGAACUUCAGUUGAUUUGUUAUCAGGCAAGAGAAAUCUUUUUAAAUCAACCAUCUUUGUUGAAACUGCAGGCUCCGAUCAAAGUUGUUGGUGAUGUGCACGGUCAGUUUAAUGACUUAAUGAGGAUUCUUAAGUUGAGUGGUAAACCGCCAGAAACUAAUUAUUUAUUUUUGGGUGAUUAUGUUGAUCGUGGUAAGCAAUCUUUAGAGACAAUCCUGUUACUCCUUUGUUACAAGAUUAAAUAUAGAGAUAACUUUUUUAUGUUGAGAGGUAAUCACGAAUCUGCAAACGUCACGAAGAUGUAUGGAUUUUUCGAUGAAUGUAAAAGGAGAACAUCUUCAAAAACAUGGAAAAUGUUCGUUGACGUCUUCAAUACGUUACCUUUUGCUGCGGUUAUUCAAGAUAGAAUAUUUUGUGUUCACGGUGGUAUAUCACCAGAGCUUAAUUCCUUGAAUCAAUUGCAAAAAAUCAUUAGGCCAACAGACAUACCGGAUGAGGGUUUGAUUACUGAUAUACUUUGGAGUGAUCCUGAUGCGCAAGCAAGAGAUUGGUCCUCAAACGAUAGAGGUGUUUCUUUUGUUUUUGGUAAGAAGAACGUUGCAGAUUUUUGUUCAAAAUUCAACUUUGAUUUAGUUAUCAGAGGGCACAUGGUUGUUGAAGAUGGUUACGAGUUUUUCGCAAAGAAAAAACUUGUUACGAUCUUUUCAGCACCAAAUUAUUGCGGCGAAUUCAACAACUGGGGUGCGGUCAUGAGUGUCACUACAGGUUUAAUGUGCAGCUUUGAACUGUUAAAGCCUCGUGCUGUAACAAAACAAACUUCAAAGAGCCCUUAUUCCAAGUCCAACAAAAAAUAA